AUGAUCUUACGCAACCCACAGCUUCGAUCGUCUGCUCUUGCAAAUGCUAUCGUGUCUUAUCCCGAGAAACCUUCGAGUAUUCAAUGCGCUUUGUGCGGUAGGCGGGGAUUUGCGAGUCUCCGGGAUUACUCUACUCAUCUGGGCAGAGAGCUUGAAGAAGUUAGCCUCUAUCCUUUGCCGGAUCUUGAUGACUCUGAUGACGAGAAUGAAGACGACUCCGAGAACGAGUCCAGUGGCCGAGAGAUCACCCCUGAUAUAGCACGUACUACACCAAGUACACAUUCGUCAUCUUCGUUCUCCAAGGAUAACAAGGAGAAUGGGAAAAAGAAUGUUGAAGACCAGGCCUGUCCCCUGGGUUUAAACUUACAGUUAGAAGAGGAAUAUACGAUCAAAUGCAUAUGCGGCUUCACAAGUGACGAUGGCCACACGGUUUAUUGUGAAGAAUGCGACACGUGGCAGCAUAUCCAAUGCUACUAUCUACCAACAAGCGUGCCUGAGGUCCACUAUUGUUCAGACUGCGUUCCUAACAACAAGGUCGAUGCAAAGAAGGCCCACGAGCGUCAACUCCGACUGCGCGAAGCUCCUGUUGCGCAGGAUAUGGGUUCCGCACCACCGCGUGCCGCACCAAAAGAUUCCUCCCGGGGAAUCACCACCAGUUAUUGGUCCACACUCGAGCAGCAACAUUUCCCGGCGUUUGUUGGCUACUACGGCAGAGACUUCUCUGCAAUCGCAACCCACCUGCAGACGAAGACAAUGACGAUGGUAAAAAAUCAGUACUUUCGUGAAAUAGGCGCUGGGAACACGAGCCUAGAAAAAGUUGCGGAAGAGGCGGAGCGACGUAGAGAUGCCGGAGAGCCUCUUUGGAUGCAUCCGGACCGAUUGCCUCCACUACUACCAGGGUCUACAGCCGCCGUUGAUGCCAUUUUAGAGAAAUUAUCCCACAUACAGGAAGAUCUAAAACUACCAAUAGACGCGAAUAAAGGGAAGGGAAAGAAAGCCAAGUCAAUCACCAGCCGCUGA